GUCUGAUUGACUUCAAGAAGGAGUCAGAGAUCAGCUUAAGGGCAAAGGCUGGAAGCAGAGCGAACUGGGAGCAGAGCACACAGAGCCAUGGAGCGAGAGAUGCCGGCCCUGGGCUGGGCCGUGGCUGCCAUCCUGAUGCUGCAGAUGGCCAUGGCGGAGCCCUCCCCGGGGACUCUGCCCAGGAAGGCAGGGGUGUUUUCAGACCUAAGCAACCAAGAGCUGAAGGCAGUGCACAGCUUCCUCUGGUCCAAGAAGGAGCUGAGGCUGCAGCCCUCCAGUACCACCACCAUGGCCAAGAACACCGUGUUUCUCAUCGAGAUGCUGCUGCCCAAGAAGUACCAUGUGCUGAGGUUUCUGGAUAAAGGUGAAAGGCAUCCUGUGCGGGAAGCCCGUGCCGUCAUCUUCUUUGGUGACCAGGAGCAUCCCAAUGUCACCGAGUUUGCUGUGGGGCCCCUGCCAGGGCCCUGCUACAUGCGAGCACUGUCCCCCAGGCCUGGGUACCAGUCCUCCUGGGCAUCGAGGCCCAUCUCCACAGCAGAGUACGCCCUCCUCUACCACACCCUGCAGGAAGCCACCAAGCCCCUGCAUCAGUUCUUCCUCAAUACCACAGGCUUCUCAUUCCAAGACUGCCAUGACAGAUGCCUGGCCUUCACCGAUGUGGCCCCCCGGGGUGUGGCUUCUGGCCAGCGCCGCAGUUGGCUUAUCAUACAGCGCUAUGUAGAAGGCUACUUUCUGCACCCCACUGGGCUGGAGCUCCUCGUGGAUCAUGGGAGCACAGAUGCUCGGCACUGGGCGGUGGAGCAGGUGUGGUACAACGGGAAGUUCUAUGGGAGCCCAGAGGAACUGGCUCAGAAGUAUGCAGAUGGAGAGGUGGACGUGGUGGUCCUGGAGGACCCACUGCCUGGGGGCAAGGGGCAUGACAGCACGGAGGAGCCGCCCCUCUUCUCCUCCCACAAGCCCCGCGGGGGCUUCCCCAGCCCCAUCCAUGUGAGCGGCCCCCGCUUGGUCCAGCCCCAUGGCCCUCGCUUCAGGCUGGAGGGCAACGCUGUGCUCUACGGGGGCUGGAGCUUUGCCUUCCGGCUGCGCUCCUCCUCCGGGCUGCAGGUCCUGAACGUGCACUUCGGCGGAGAGCGCAUUGCCUAUGAGGUCAGCGUGCAAGAGGCAGUGGCGCUGUAUGGAGGACACACACCUGCAGGCAUGCAGACCAAGUACCUCGAUGUCGGCUGGGGCCUGGGCAGCGUCACUCACGAGUUAGCCCCCGGCAUCGACUGCCCGGAGACCGCCACCUUCCUGGACACUUUCCACUACUAUGAUGCCGAUGACCCGGUCCAUUAUCCCCGAGCCCUCUGCCUCUUUGAAAUGCCCACAGGGGUGCCCCUUCGGCGGCACUUUAAUUCCAACUUUAAAGGUGGCUUCAACUUCUAUGCAGGGCUGAAGGGCCAGGUGCUGGUGCUGCGGACAACUUCAACUGUCUACAAUUAUGAUUACAUUUGGGACUUUAUCUUCUACCCCAACGGGGUGAUGGAGGCCAAGAUGCAUGCCACUGGCUACGUCCACGCCACCUUCUACACCCCCGAGGGGCUGCGCCACGGCACUCGCCUGCACACCCACCUGAUUGGCAACAUACACACUCACUUGGUGCACUACCGUGUAGACCUGGAUGUGGCAGGCACCAAGAACAGCUUCCAGACACUGCAGAUGAAGCUAGAAAACAUCACCAACCCCUGGAGCCCGAGACACCGCGUGGUCCAGCCAACUCUGGAGCAGACGCAGUACUCCUGGGAGCGCCAGGCGGCCUUCCGCUUCAAAAGGAAGCUGCCCAAGUACCUGCUCUUUACCAGCCCCCAGGAGAACCCCUGGGGCCACAAGCGCAGCUACCGCCUGCAGAUCCACUCCAUGGCCGACCAGGUGCUGCCCCCAGGCUGGCAGGAGGAGCAGGCCAUCACCUGGGCAAGGUACCCCCUGGCAGUGACCAAGUACCGGGAGUCGGAGCUGUGCAGCAGCAGCAUCUACCACCAGAACGACCCCUGGGACCCGCCCGUGGUCUUCGAGAAGUUUCUUCACAACAACGAGAACAUUGAAAAUGAGGACUUGGUGGCCUGGGUGACGGUGGGCUUCCUGCACAUCCCCCACUCAGAGGACAUUCCCAACACAGCCACACCUGGGAACUCCGUGGGCUUCCUGCUCCGGCCAUUCAACUUCUUCCCAGAGGACCCCUCCCUGGCAUCCAGAGACACUGUGAUCGUGUGGCCUCGGGACAAUGGCCCCAACUACGUCCAGCGCUGGAUCCCUGAGGACAGGGACUGCUCGAUGCCUCCCCCUUUUAGCUACAAUGGGACCUACAGACCUGUGUGACCAGCCCCCAGUUCCUCCCCCAGUUCCUCCCAGGAAGCCCAGGAGCCUCACUGGGGCAGACAAUAAACCCUCAGAGCCUC